AGAGAAGGGGUUGCCCUUGCUCCUUCACUAUCCGGAUUGCACCAGGCAGACCCCAACUUUACUGAUGGAUAAACUGUUUGUUAAGUUUGUUGCCUCAGGAACGCUCCUUCUGUUUGGAAUCGUGUCUAUUCUACUCCUAACUGUACCUAUACAUGAACUGAGAGAGCAGCCGCAGUACAUGUAUGGGAUUGUGCUGGACGCUGGCUCCUCACAUACGGCCUUGUACACCUACAGAUGGCCAGCGGACAAGUUAAAUGGCACAGGCGUGGUCGCCCAGCACAGCGAGUGUCAUGUCAAAGGAGGAGGAAUCUCUGCUUAUGCUGGUCAGCGGGGUGCAGCAGGCCGCAGCCUCGAGGCAUGCUUGAAGGAGGCCAUGCGGGACAUUCCCCCAGAUAGACAUCACCGCACCCCUGUGUAUCUGGGAGCCACUGCUGGAAUGAGACUUCUGAAAAUUACCAAUCCCGACAAAGCAUUUAAGGUUCUUCAAGAAGUCAAACAAAAAAUCAAAUCUUUUCCAUUUAGCUUUCGAGGAGCAGUCAUUUUGAGUGGUCAAGAAGAGGGGGUUUACGGUUGGAUCACUGUGAACUACCUCCUUGAAAACUUCAUAAAGUAUGGCUAUGUGGGCCGGUGGCUUAACCCUGGCAGAAAAACGGUCGGAGCGCUGGAUUUAGGUGGGGCGUCCACACAGAUCACCUUUGAGACCCCAGAGAAAGUUGAAAACGAGAGAAACCAUAUGACCUUGCGUCUCUACGGGAAAGAUUAUUCCCUCUACACACAAAGUUACCUGUGCUAUGGUAAAGAAGAGGCUCUGCGCAUGAUCCUGGCCUACCUGGUUACAUCGCAGGGUAAUACUAGCAAAGUGUAUCAUCCCUGCUACCCAUCUGACUUCACUGAUGUCUUCAAGCUGGAGGAAGUGUUUGACUCGCCUUGUGCAGCGUCAAGGAGACCCAAAACGUACGACCCUCAUUCGUGGAUCAGAGUGCAAGGCACCGGGGACUACCAAAGCUGCCUUGGCAACACUUCUGAAAUAUUUUCCUUCCACUCCUGCCCCUUUUCUCAGUGUUCCUUUAAUGGAGUUUUCCAGCCCAACAUCAGUGGGGGCUUCAUGGCCUUCUCUGCCUAUUUCUUCACUCACAGUUAUCUCCAGCAAAGUACAGGGAUAAAGAUCAGCACCUCUGCUCAGCUAGAGGAGGCUACACAGGCUGUGUGUAAUAUGACCAUUGAAGAGAUGACCAAGAAAGCCCCCGACUUGAAAAAAUACCUGAAGGAUUAUUGUGCAGUUGCAGUGUAUAUACAAGUUCUAAUGCUUAGGGGUUAUAGCUUUGAUGAACAUUCGUUCCAAAAUGUUGCUUUCCAGAAAAAGGCAGGUGAGGCCUCUGUGGGCUGGGCUCUGGGUUAUAUACUCAGUGUGAGCAGUCUUCUUCCAGAGGAACCUGUGGGGAUCAGGAAGGGCUUGUGUCCUGCGGCAUGGAUCGGUUUGUUGAUUCUCCUAACCGUCCUCCUCACUGCCACCGUCUGUUACAUGGCUCUCCUAGUGAUCCGGAAGAAAAGGAGGAAUGGAGGUGUCUCAUAGCGCACUCUCAUACAGUUAUUUUCUGUGUUUUGUUUCUUUGUUUGGACAGACUUGUCU